AUGAUUACUGGUUCCGAAAUUUCAUCGUCCUUGUUCCUUUCCAAAACACAUCAUCAACAGCACCAGGUUACCACAAGAACCAAUACUCUUGCUACCAACAAAAGGCUAUCCGCCCAAAAACAACACAUUCAUUCUGCUCAAGAUCGAGCUCCAAAGAAUUGGGAAGAUUUUGUCUUUGAUCAUACGUGGAGAGGUUUUUUAGACGAUGAUGCUCAAAGUUAUGAGAGCGAGAUCUUUACAAUUAAAUUGGAUAAUACAACCAAUAGUGUGGAUGUUCAUAUUUUGAAAACUUCGGACUAUGAACAUAGUAUCCGACAAUAUCCAAUUUUCAUUCAUUUGACUGGAAAAUAUGAAAUUCAGAAAAACCUUACCACACAAUUUGAUUUUAUUGUGAAUCAAUUGAGCUGUGAAAAUUUAUUGUUGCCAAAUGGAUUAAUGGAUCCUUCUGGAUGUAAAACAUAUUCUGAAUUGUGGACACCAGAGAAAAAUUACUCGUACUCAUUAUAUGAUGUCGACGAAGAUGGAGAGAACUUGAAUUUUUAUUGGUCUAUUGAAUAUUCAAUGCCAGACAAACAAUUUCCAGUAUUUUGGAAAGGAUUAGUUUACCCUGUUGACAGAUUUUCAUCAUGUUCAUUUUCAUCAUCCAUGUGGAGAAUGGAUCGAAUGGAUAUUUUUCCAAAUUUUGCCCAAAAUGCAUUUUUGCGUCUCGCAGAUCAAACAUUUGUGUUGCAAGUGAAUCAAAAUAUUGAUUACUCCACAGCACGAACGAUAUGCAAAUUACAAGAUAACUUUUUAUCCUUAAACAUUUCUGGAAAAUAUUCAAUGAUUCCAGAACUUGGUAUUAUGGUCGCAACCAAAUCUACUUGCGAAGACUUACAAUUUUGGGUACAGGACAUUACUGACUGUAAUUUGUGUCCAAAAAUUGGGCGAGCUUUUGGUCUUACAUCACUGGUGUUUUUUGGCGUACAAAAUCAAGGAUGCAACACCAUCAAGUUGCAAGCAGAACAGACGGGUAAUACCAUGCAGGGAUACAGAAUACAAAAUGUGGAGACUCCUAAACCCAAACAAUGGGUUAAUCCUAUCAUUUGUGACAACAAUCACAAUGUAAUCAUUGCAGUGAGUGUCUCGGUUAUUUCAGGUAUUAUGAUUGCCAUCAUUUCUUUUGGAAUAUGCACAUGGUGCUUCUUUUGGAGAAAAAACAGAAGACCUGCAUAUCGACCUCUCGAGUAA